CAAUUGAGGAUCACGUGGAGUUGACCCGAAGGUGCAGGGGCGAGGGGGGUGAUCGUGCAGGCCUGGAGAGAGGUCAGAGAGCAGCGAGGACGCGAGGAUACCACAUAUGAGCACCGAAAAGCCGAGGACCAGGGGGAAAAGCAUGGAUUCAGGCCGUUGGAUGUGAGAUUUUACGGUGCUGCUUCUGCUGGACGAGGCCGUGGAGUGGACUCGUCAUGGCAGAAGGAGGCAGUGCGCAGAGCGAGGAGGAGGAGGCCGCCCCAGUGUCCCGGGGCAGCGGCGUGUGCAAGUGGUUCAACGUGCGCAUGGGCUUCGGCUUCCUCUCCAUGAGCAGCCGGGAUGGGGUCCCGGUGGAGCCGCGCGUGGACGUGUUCGUGCACCAGAGCAAACUGUACAUGGAGGGGUUCCGCAGCCUGCGAGAGGGAGAGCCAGUGGAGUUUACAUUCAAAAGGUCCUCUAAAGGCCUGGAGUCCCUGAGGGUGACAGGGCCGGAGGGAGCACCCUGCCUGGGAAGUGACCGCAGGUCCAAAGGCAACCAGAAACGACGAUCCAAGACUGACCGAUGUUACAAUUGUGGAACCCCGGGUCACCACGCCAAGGAGUGCCAGCUGCCCCCCCAGCCCAAAAAGUGCCACUUCUGCCAGAGCCUGUCUCACAUGGUGGCCUCAUGUCCACUCAAAGCACAGCAGAGAGCUGCACUGGACACACAGGGAGCAGACGUCGCCAUGGAAACGGAGGCGGGACCCAGCCAAGGCAUGGACACUGAAAUGACUGACUGACACUUUGACCUGGACAGUGGACAGUAGACAGGAGUGGACAAAGCAGUGGAGAGGGAGAGGCUGUUUCUUAAUCACGAGGUCGUCCAUGCUGGAAUGAUCACCAAAUGAUUUCCGUAGAAUUCCUUACAACUGGUCAAUAAAGUCACUGUAUCUGUGUCUCAAAAAUAUGAAAACAAAAAGAAUCUUCAUGUACCUUAUGCAUUCCGAGCAUCCUAAUAAUUUAUAGCGAUGAGUUCAUAAGUGCUUUUCACAACUUUCCAAAGCCAGAGUGAAGUUGUGCCAUCACUGUAAUGCCAACCACAAUUCCCAUGCUAACCAAGUACUUUUUGGUAGUGGUCGAUGGGCUUCAGGUAUAAUUUACCAUAAGGACUUGUGGACGAACUAGUUUGAGCAUUUGAAAAACCUAGUGCUUUCCUGAUACUCAAAUUAAUGGUUAUAUACAUGAUACUGAUAUACACAGGACAAUUUGUGGUUCCAUUGUGGCAAAACAUCUUUUACCAAUGUUUUAAGAGCUCCCAGCCUCCUUUGUAAACAUGAGAGCAUGCAUUCUCUCUGUCACAUCUCUCCCUCUGCACUAGCUUUACCAGUCAUUUGUACUGUCUCUAAGACAUAUCACUGCUCUUUUAUGUUGUAUUCUAGGGUUUAAGCUUCUGACAAGUCUCUGAGCAUUCGAGUUGAACAAUCGCAGACCAAGGGAAGUGUAGCCCAGUGAACUUUGUGCUUUCUCUGAAUAUCUCCAGUCUGUAAGUGAAGACACUGGCCUGUCCAAGCCUUCUAACAUAGCAGCAUGUAGCAUGAGAGGAGUAUCCAGUACUAGUCUAAUGUAAUGACACCUCUGUUUAAGUGCUGGUGUAGUGUUGCAUCAGAUUUGACCGGAAUUCAACCCAGUACCAUUUUAAAUAAUAUGGCAAUGCCAGGACUUUCUGUAGUUACAACAAUCAAUAUUAAAAGUACAAUGACGUUUAAAGAGGGGAUAUUACACUUCUAUCUGCUAUGAAUUGCUGAUACAGAACAUAUUUAGAUUCCAUGUUACCUUUUAUCAAUUUGAAAAUAUACUCAGCCAAAACAACAUAUUAAAAUCUUUAAUAUGUGAAACAUGUGGAAUCAGGCAUGUUUCUGACGAAGGAACAACAUUAUAACAUGGUAAAAAGUCAGUUUUGCAUAAUACCCCCUCUUUGAUAUACAUUUAUAGCAGAACUAGGCUGUCUGUCUUUUGUGCCUUGAUUUGAUGGAGGGUGGGAGAAUAAAAAGAGGCUUACAAAUGAACAAAGAUGGACACGAUACUGAACAGCUGACUUCCAUUCUCUCUUGACAAAAUAUUAAAAAAUAACUUGCUAUUUUAUUAUUCUUUUUAAUUGAAUGUAAAUGAGCAACCCAAGUGCCAGGUGCCUCAGUGCAGGGAGCUUACUGAAAACAUUAUACAAACACGAGUACCUUAACCUACGAAUUAUCUUUCUAAUGGGAAGAAAUGCUACACCAAAUACUGUAUGUAGUCAUUUUGUAUGCAAGACCUGUAAUGAUUGUACGGCAGAUAUUGUCUGUCACAAGUGAAAAAUGAAUGUUACUUCAAUGCAUCUACAAAAACGAGGGUUGUUCAGAACAGGACUGCACAAUAUGGAAAGAAAUAGGCUAUUGCAAUACUUUAGCUUUUACUUUUAAUUUGAGCAAAAAUGUACUAUUCACUAAUUCUUCUAAUUUACUAAAACUAAUAAAUUGGUUCUAAAUCUUUUUGAUACUGCAAUAUUCUAGCUACUCUCUUGUGAUAUGGAUAUUGCGUUAGCCUAUUUAGGAAUAUUGAUAAUUUUGUAAUAGACUGUGCAACCCUAGUCCUAAAUAUGAAAAUCCUUGUUAAACAGUAUUUUGUAUGAUUUUCAAAAGCCAAGUGUCUGUAUUCUGCACUGAUGAACAAUUUAGCCAAGUGUUGAACGGAAAGACUGGUUCUGUAUGUCUUACAAAUACAUGGGUUCUGCUGAGAUUAUAAAGGAUUAUUAUGGAACAUUGUGAGGACUUGAUGCCUUGCUUUAUAAAACUAGGAAUAAUAGGCUUAAUGGUAUGAAUGUCUUUAGAUGGACUCAGGGGAAUACUGUAGAAACAUUGCAUUGAUGCAGUUGUGUAGUUUCACUACUAAAAUAGUGGCACAGUUUCAUUGCUACUUAGCGGAGCAUGACAUUAACACUAAAGCAAACUAGCCAAAUGCUAUUUAUUACUACUUAGGGUCAUUUAAUUUGAUGUAUAACCUAAAUUAAUAAGAACAGUAAGAACAAAUGUGGUUAGCAGAUUGUUUUUUUCUGCCUAACAUAUUUGAUUUGCGAGUAUCACGCUAGCGGCUUGUCUCCACUGAGAUAUUAUUGCUUUGCAUUGAAUAUUCAAAAUUAUUGCAUGAAAUGUAUGUAAUUUUAGCCAGUAAAACCACCCUAGUUUGCAAGCAAUUUUUGAAGAAAAAAAAAGUUAAUGUCAAACCCUGCUAAUUUGUCUAUUUAUUUAUUUAUUUAUUUAAAUAUUUAUUUAUUUAUUUAUUGACACCAUGGUGAUGGACAAGGCCAGUAGCGUAGUAGUUCUUUUUUCACUAUCAAAUUCAGUCUUCUGUAGUUAUAAUUUUGUAUUUAUGGUUUAAUUUAUUAAUGUGCACUGUUAGAUUUUUGUCAAAAAUAUCAAGUUUCAAUGUGUGAUCUAAUCAGUCCACAAUGUUUGACGUACUGUAAAUAUAAGGUAGUAAAACAGUAUAUUGAUUUAUGCAUGAAAGUAGUUAUGUUUUUGUAGUAUUUUUUUUAAGCAAAUGGAAGAAUUGUAUUGGCCUAUAAGCAUCUGUUCUGAUGUCCACUUUGCUGCCUUACAACAAACUCCAUGUCUUUUUAGUGUUUUUAGUGUGUAGUUUCUUAUAUUUGAUCAAGACCAAAUUCGUCUUAUCAGAAUCUAUACAAGUCUACCUCAGGUUGUGUGGGAUCACGGGCAAUGUAAUGAAUACAAACCCAAAAUCCAUUAUUGUACAUUUUAUGUUAAAUGUUGUGUUUUUAUUUGUUUGUUUUUUAUAUUGUAUUUUCCUCACAGAAUGUAUUUUUGCUUGUUGCUGCUGUAAAUGUAUUAAUAUGAUACCAAAGAAAUGUAAUGUGUUUUGGAGCGAAACCAAAGUGUUCACAAUCUUGACAUCUUUUCCACAGUCGCUGAUAUUUUAUCUGCACCACAUGAGUCUGUACACCCAAACAGAAGAGGACACUUUUAUCAUGCUCAGGGACUUCAUACUGUUUAGACUAGAUUUAAUGAGGUAUAUUUUUGUUCAUUUUGCUGGUUUGAAUGAGUUUGUGUAGUAAUAAAAUGACUUUUACUA